GAGGCGUGUCAAACUGGCAGCCACUUCCGGAAGAAGAAACAGCUGUUGGUUUUGAGGGCUCGGCUGGGGCAUUGCUGUGUUAACCCAAAUUUGACUUUACACGAGAACUGUGGCCGGUGUAGAAUUCCUCCGGGAUGCGGGAGCAUUAAGGCUGCACCAAGGGAAGGGGCUCAGGAGACCGGGGACCUGUCCUGGUCUGGGGUGCAUUGUCAGCGAGGAAGAAGAUCACAGUGGCCAGUGGGAGACUGAUCCUACUGGAACACUGGAACGGAGCGCAGGAUAGACCAAGACCAGCGCCCCUCGGAAAAACCGGGCUGAGUCCUCAGACUCCAGGGAGCCAUAGCGCAGCAGGAGGAAGCAGGAGAAUCACGGAAUCACAGAUAGGACUUCCUGGAACUCGGGGAACAGUGCAUGCCUUUAACCACUAAGCCAUCUCUUUGGCUCCAGGAGCUUCUCUCUAAGCUGUGCAGAGGAUCACUCACUCAGAGACUUAGCCAACGCUGGGCAAACACUCCACCACUGAGCUACAACACCAGGUAUGGAUAAAUUGGGACAGAUCAUCAAGUUAGGCCAGCUCAUCUAUGACCAGUGUGAAAAGAUGAAAUACUGCAAAAGACAGUGCCGGCGUCUAAGAAACCGUGUGCAUGGCCUGCUACAGCCUCUCCAGAGGCUCCAGGCCCAAGAAAAGAAGAGCCUCCCCAGUGACAUUACUGCUGCCCUGGGCCGUUUUGAGGACGUCCUAAAAGAAGCUAGACAGCAGAUAGAAAAGUUCAGUCAGAAGUCCAAUAUUUGGAAGUUUGCUACUGUGGGCAGUGAUAAGAUCCUCUUCCAUGAAGUGAAUGAGAAGCUGAGAGACAUCUGGGAGGAGCUCUUGCUGCUGCUUCAGGUUGAUCAAUGGAAGUCUGAUUCCGAGGUCAGCCAACCAGCAUCCUGGCAGCAGGAAGAUCAACAGGACGCAGAGGAAGAUGGAAAUGAAAAUAUGAAAGUUAUUUUGGUGAAGCUGCAAAUCAGCAUGGAAGAAAUCAAAGAGGCCCUGAAGCAAUGCUCACUAAAACCCAUGCAGGAGGUCCCACAAGAUUUCCAAGUCAAGGAGAUUCCGAAGGAAGAUCUUGGAUAUCCGUGGACCAAACUGAAGACAAAUAAACUGAGCACGAUUUAUAGAGGAGAGUAUUACAAAUCUCCAGUCACCAUCAAAGUAUUCAACAACCCCAAGGCCGAAAGUGUUGGAAUAGUGAGGCUCACUUUCAAUGAGGAGAUCAAAACCAUGAAGAAAUUUGAUUCUCCCAACAUCCUGCGUAUAUUUGGGAUUUGCAUCGAUCAAACAGUGAAGCCCCCCGAAUUCUCCAUUGUCAUGGAGUACUGUGAACUCGGAACCCUGAGGGAACUGCUGGAUAGAGACAAGGACCUCACCAUGAGUGUGCGCAGCCUCCUAGUCCUGAGGGCAGCUAGAGGCUUGUACAGGUUACACCACUCGGGAACACUCCACGGAAACAUCAGCAGCUCCAGCUUCCUGGUAGCUGGAGGCUACCAAGUAAAGCUUGCAGGAUUUGAGCUAAGCAAAACACAGACUUCUAUAAGCCGGGCAACAAAGAGCACUAAAGCAGAGAGAUUCAGUUCGACAGCAUAUGUCUCCCCCGAGAGACUGCAAGAUCCAUUUUGCAAAUAUGACACAAAAGCUGAAAUAUAUAGCUUUGGAAUUGUGCUCUGGGAAAUUGCCACUGGAAAGAUCCCGUUUGAAGGCUGUGAUUCUGAGAAGAUCUAUGAGCUGGUGGCUGAGAACAAGAAGCAGGAGCCAGUGGGUCAGGAUUGCCCCGAGUUGUUGCAGGAGAUCAUUAAUGAGUGCCGGGCCCAUGAACCCUCCAAUCGGCCCUCUGCGGAUGGAAUCUUGGAGAGACUGCCUGCCAUUGAAGACUCCAUGGACAAAAAGCUGUAAGAGGGACAAACUGGACAUGUGUCCUUCCCAUUGGUCAGCAGCAUCAACUUAUUGCUGGGUGCAAAAAUCUUUGUUCUCCCUUGGAUGCUUCUUUUUUCUUCCUUUCUUUUUCUUGAGAUGGGAUCUCACCAAGAAGCCCCUGCAGGCCUGGAGCUUGCUAUGUAGAGCAGGCUGGCCCAAACUUCCAGUUUUGCCUCCUGAAUGCUGGGAUUAAGGGCACAGACUGCCAAACUGUCAUGCUUCUUAUUUGUUAGAAAUAGAAAACAAUUGCAUGGGACUGGAAACAUGGCUCUGUAGUUAAGAGCACUGGCUGUUCUUCCAGAAGACCCGGGUUCAAUUCCCAGCAACCACAUGGUGGCUCACAACCAUCUGUAACUCCUGUUCCAGGGAUCCAACACUCUCACACAGACAUACAUGCAGGCAAAAAACCAAUGUACAUAAAAUAAAAAUAAAAUUAAUCCCCCCCAAUUUUUUUUAAAACUAAACAAUUCUAUCUCAGUGUGGUAGUGCACACCUUUGAUCCCAGUGCUUGGAAGGCAGAGGCAGGUGGGUCUCUGUUUGAGGCCAGCCUGGUCUACAGAUCAAGUUCUGUACUAUGUAAGACCUGUCUCAAAAAAAAUAAAACAAAAAAUUGACAGCCAUA